GCCGUGCGCGGGGGCCGCGGCGCGCCGGGGCCGCCCCGAGCCCGCUGCCCCGGGGCCGCGGGCGCGCGCUGCAUCGCGCCGGGGCCGCACCGGAGCCGCACCGGAGCGGCGGGGACGCUUCGCCUCGCCUCGGCGCCUGCACCGCCUCCCCCCGCCGCACCGGCACCGUCCCUGGCCGCUCCGCCGGUAACAGGCCCCCGUAACGCCACCGGGAAGCGGAGCCGGGGGGAGGGCGAGCAUCCUUCCUCCGCCCGCGCCGCUGCCGGCACCGGCCCCGCUUCCAUCUUGCAGCAGCGCCGCGGUGGGGGGGAACCGGCGGAGGGGGGCGGCGGGAGCCCGGUGCGCCGGAGCCGCCGCCCCCGCAGCGGCGGGGGCUGGGCCGCGCUGCCCGGCGGACGAGCGGGGGGGCCUGGCCGCCGGCCCCGGUGCGGAGACGGGCCCGGAGCGGCGCGGCUGCGGCAGAGCCGGGAGCCGCGGGAGCGGCCCGGCAGGCCCGGCCCGGUGCCGGCCGUGACAGCGGCAGGAUGGGGCCGCCCCGGCGGCAGCCGUGACAGCGCAGGAGCCUGGCGGCGCCGCUGCGGCACCGUGGGAGCGGGGCCGCGCCGCACCGUGACACCGCAGGAGCCUGGCUGGGACGCCGCGGGAACGGGAACCGGACCGCGCUGUGCCGUGACACCGCGGGAACCGAACCGGACCACGCCGUGACGCCGCGGGAACCGGGCUGUGCUGCACUGUGGCGCUGCGGGAACCGGACCACACCGUGCCGUGACAUCGCGGGAACUGAACCGGACCACGCCGUGAUGCCGCGGGAACCGGACCGCGUCGUGCUAUGACAUCGCGGGAACCGGGCCGUGCUGCACCGUGACACCGCGGGAACUGGAUCCCGCUGUGCCGUGACACUGCAGGAGCCUGGCUGCGCCACCGUGACGCCGCGGGAACCGGACCGCGCCGUGCUGUGACACCGUGGGAACAGGAUCACAUCGCGCUGUGACACCUCAGGAGCCUGGCUGUGCCACCGUGAUGCUGCUGGAACGGGACCACACCGCACCGUGACACUGCAGGAGCCUGGCUGCGCCACCGUGACGCCGCGGGAACUGGACCGCGUCGUGCCGUGACACCGCGGGAACUCGACCGCGUCGUGCCGUGACACUGUGGGAACCAAACUGCGUCGUGCUGUGACACCGUGGGAACUGGACCGUGGCAUGUUGUGACACCGUGGGAGCAGGGCCGCACUGUGCCGUGCCACCGGGCAAGUGCCACCACGCCGUGACCCCCCCGGGGGUGCCGCAUCGCCCCGCCAGCGCGGGGGCACCACCAUGCCGGCGCCGCCCCGGUCACCCCCCGCGUGAGGCCGGCGGCCGGACCAUGGCGGGGUCCCGGGGGCUGCCGGUGCCGGCGGCGUCCCUGCUGCUGCUGGUGGCCCUGGUGGCCCCGGGGAGCCGGGGGGCGGCGGGGUGCCCGCCGCGCUGCGUCUGCGCCUCCGACAUCCUGAGCUGCUCGCAGGCGGUGCUGAGCGGCGUGCCGGCGCCGCUGCCCCGCUUCACCGCCGUCCUCGACCUGAGCCACAACAACGUGAGCCGUCUGCGGGCCGACUGGGCGCCGGGGCGCCUGGCCCACCUGCACUCGCUGCUGCUCAGCCACAACGGCCUCACCUUCGUCUCCAGCGAGGCCUUCGCCCACGUGCCCCACCUGCGUCACCUGGACCUCUCCUCCAACCGCCUGCGCGCCCUCGAGGAGAACCUCUUCAGCGACCUGGCCGAGCUGGAGGUGCUGCUGCUCUACAACAACGAGAUCGCCGCCGUGGACCGCACGGCCUUCGAGAGCCUGGCGCGCCUGCGCAAGCUCUACCUGGGCCGCAACCACAUCGCCCGCUUCCCGCUGGAGCUGCUGCGCGAGGGCAGCCGGCCGCCCCGCCUGGCGCUGCUCGACCUCUCCGCCAACCGCCUGCAGAGCCUGCCCGCGGGCGAGCUGCAGGCGCUGCCGGCCUGGCUGCGCGACGGCCUCUACCUGCACGGCAACCCGCUGGCCUGCGACUGCGCCCUCUUCGAGCUGUUCGCCCGCGGGCGCCGGCGGCGCCUGGCCGCCGUGCUGCGCUUCCAGGAGGAGCUGCGCUGCCUGCUGCCGCCGGCCAAGCGGCCCGUGGGCAUCCUGGCGCUGGGCGGCGCGGAGCUGCUCAACUGCAGCGAGGCCCGGGAGGCCGUGCUGGAGGCCCACCUGGGCGACAGCGUCACGCUGGGCUGCGACAGCCGCCUGCGAGCCGCCGGCGCCCGCGAGUGGGUGACGCCGGCCGGCGAGCGGCUGCCGCCGGGGACGGGCAACGGCAGCGCGGCGCUGCUGGCCGACGGCAGCCUGCGGCUGCGGGCGCUGCGGCCCGAGGACGGCGGCACCUACGCCUGCUCGGUGCUCAACGAGACGCUCUACGUGGAGCUGCUGGUGCACAACUUCACGGCGCGCGGCGGCCCCGACACCCUCAACACCGCCUACACCACGCUGGUGGGCUGCGUGCUCAGCGUGGUGCUGGUGCUCAUCUACCUGUACCUGACGCCCUGCCGCUGCUGCCGCUGCCGCGCCAAGGCCACCGCCGCCGCCGCCGCCGCCCCGCGCGACGCCAGCGCCGCCUCCUCCGUGCUCAGCGCCACCCCCGAGGCCGGGCCGCCCCGCGCCGCCCGCCGCCGCGACGCCGCCUCCGCAGCCGCCGGGGACCCGCCGCCGCCCGCCCGCCGGGGACCCCCGGGCCGCAGGAAGGUGUCCGAUCCCGAGUCGGUGAGCUCGGUGUUUUCCGACACCCCCAUCGUGGUGUAGGCGGCGGGGCGUUCCCGAGCGGCGCGUGCCGGCGGAGCGUUCCCGGCCGGAGCUGGCGGUGCCCAUGGGUGCGUGUUGGCGGGGGCGGGCGGCUGCGUCCCGGCGUUCCCGGAGCGGCUCGGCGGAGGGCAUCCGCGCCCGGGGCGGCGGGGAAGGAGGAUGAGCCGGACUCUGGGACAGCCACCGGCACCAUGGGGAAGGAUGGGCUGGACUCUGGGAAAGCUGUCCAGGAUGACGGGAAAGGAGGAUGAGCCAGACUGCGGGAAAGCUGCUGGGACCAUGGGGAAGGACGAUGGGCCGGACCACGGGAAAGCCACCGGGAUUGCGGGAAAGAACGAUGGGCCGGACUCCAGGAAAGCCGCGGGGCCCACGGGGAAGGAGGAUGAGCUGGGCUCCGGGAAAGCUGCAGGGACCACGGGGAAGGAGGAUGAGCCGGACCACGGGAAAGCCACCGGGACCACAGGGAAGCUGCUGGGACCGUGGGGAAGGAGGACGGACCGGACUGCGGGAAAGCCGCUGGGACCACAGGGAAGGACGAUGGGCCGGACUGCGGGAAAGCCACCGGGAUUGCAGGAAAGGACGAUGGGCCGGACUCCGGGAAAGUCGCGGGGACCACGGGGAAGGAGGAUGAGCCGGACUGCGGGAAAGGAGGAUGGGUCGGACCGCGGGAAAGCCACCGGGACCGUGGGGAAGCUGCUGGGACCGUGGGGAAGGAGGACGGGCCGGACUGCGGGAAAGCUGCCGGGCACCGGGAGGGGGGACACGGCGGCGGUGCGGAGGGACAGACCCAGCUGGCGGCUCUGCCCGUGUUUUCCCCGGCACGUUCAUCCCCGAGCACGAAUCCUCCCGGAGAAGCACGCGGCCCCGUCGCCUCCCGCGCAAGCCGUGAGCCCCAUCCUGUCCCCUGCCCCGGGGGGGGCGGCAGGGCUCGGUGUGGGAGCUGGGCGCUGUCCCGCUGUCCCCGUGCCCCCGCUGUCCCCGUCCCCCCGUGUCGCCUCUCCGCUCCCGCGUCCUCGGUGCAAAUAAACACAGUUUAAGGUCUGA